UUUACUAUCUUUUCUUUAACCUAGUUCAGUACAGACCUAAACCCAGGGUGAAUAUGAAGCAAACAUGUUUACAUUUCAUUUUUCUUCUCCUAGUUUUGAGAUCCCUGGGUGGAGAGUUGGAAGACGAUUGGAACGAAGACGACCCGAGAGAUUCCCGCCAAAUUGCAUUUCCUUCAGAAUCCAUGAGUGGCGCGGAGGACACUGAAUGUUUAGGAACAGCAAUGUCAUUGCGAGCUGGGGAGGGAACACUAGCAAGAUCUCAUCGUAGCUAUGGAAAAUAUUCUUAUGAUAGUAAUUACAGGUGUAAAUGGGUGAUCAAACCAAUCUCUUGUGAUCUGAGUGUAGUUUGUCACAUGAAGACGAGGGAGGGGAGAGGAGGAGGGGAUAGAUGCAGUGGAGCAGAUUAUCUCAGGAUAAUGAAAGGGAGUGGAGGAAAGGUUGAGUUUGAAAAGAAAUAUUGUGGUCGGCAAACUGCUAGCUUGAAGUUUACGGGGGAUCAGACAAUCAAGAUUAUUUUUAAGAGUGGUAAGAAUGGGCGGGCUGGAAAGCUAGAUGGUUGGUCUUGUAAGAUAUUAUGUCUGCCUCAACAAAAUUCAGGUUCUCAGAGUGAUUCCUUUAACUUUUCUUCAACUAAUACACCAAUGACGACGACAACAGCAACAACAACAUCAACAUCAUCAACAACAAUAUCAACAUCAACUUCAACAACAAUACCAUUAACCUCUUCUGAAACUAUUUCCACAACAGCAAAUUCACCAAAAAGUGGGUGUGAGUGUGGUGUACUGCCAACUGUAGAUGGUAGAAUUAUCUGUCCACACGGAGUUAAUUGUACAGCAGACCCAGGUGGUAUUCCAUGGCAAGCAGGACUACUUGGUAGAGCAAGCAGCAAGCCUUUUUGUGGCGGAACACUUAUAAAUAGCAGAUAUGUUUUAUCAGCUGCUCACUGCUUGGAAUCUGCCACUAGACGUCUGCCAGGGAAUCUAUUUGUAGUGCUAGGAGAACAUGAUUGGACCCAGGUUAGCUUUUCAAGGGAUUGUUCAGAUAUAAGUGAAAGGUAUGGAGUAAGCAGUGUUCUUUUACAUCCUGAAUUUAGACAAGGUGCACUCUUUAAUUUUGAUUUUGCUAUCAUCCAACUAAACAGGCCAGUCGACUUCAAAUCUUAUGGUUGGAUCCGACCUGUGUGUUUACCUGAACCUGACCAGCCGGUCAACCCAGGCUCAAGAGGUUUAGUGUCUGGUUGGGGGGUAACAGAUUUUAGUAUUAAAACCCAGUCCACCACCCUGCAGAUGGUUUACUUGGACAUCAUGGAGCAGUCAAAUUGUAUCAACCACUACUCUACUAGAGAAAUCACGGAUAAGAUGUUAUGCGCAGCUGCUAAGAGUUCAGAUGCUUGCUAUGGAGAUAGCGGUGGACCAAUGACAGUCCAGGUAGAAGGCAGAUCUGUGUUGACCGGUGUUGUUAGCUGGGGGCUAGAGUGCGCCAGACCACAAUGGCCGGGCGUUUAUUCAAGGGUGAGCUCUGUAAUUCCUUGGAUUAAUGCUAAUACUCUAGAUGGUGAUUAUUGCGUGAAAAAUAUCGAAAGGAAUUCCAACGAUCAAGUUAGAUCGGUGGACAAUAGAGGAGAUCGAAGAUCAUGAUCG